GUGGCCAUUUGAUUAGAUGUUCAGGAGUCUUAUGGCUUGGGGGAAGAAGCUGUUUAGAAGCCUCUUAGACCUGGACUUGGCGCUCCGGUACCGCUUGUCAUACGGUAGCAGAGAGAACAGUCUAUGACUAGGGGGGCUGGAGUCUUUGACAAUUUUUAGGGCCUUCCUCUGACACCGCCUGGUAUAGAGGUCCUGGAUGGCAGGAAGCUUGGCCCCAGUGAUGUACUGGGCCGUACGCACUACCCUCUGUAGUGCCUUGCGGUCGGAGACUGAGCAGUUGCCAUACCAGGCAGUGAUGCAACCAGUCAGGAUGCUCUCGAAGGUGAAGCUGUAGAACCUUUUGAGGAUCUGAAGACCCAUGCUAAAUCUUUUCAAUGUCCUGAGGAGGAAUAGGUUUUGUCGUGCCCUCUUUACGACUGUCUUGGUGUGCUUGGACCAUGUUAGUUUGUUGGUGAUGUGGACACCAAGGAACUUGAAGCUCUCAAUCUGCUCCACCACAGCCCCGUCGAUGAGAAUGGGGGCAUGCUCUGUCCUCUUUUUCCUGUAGUCCACAAUCAUCUCCUUUGUCUUGAUCACGUUGAGGGAGAGGUUGUUGUCCUGGCACCACAUGGCCAGGUCUCUGACCUCCUCCCUAUAGGCUGUCUCUUCAUUGUCGGUGAUCAGGCCUACCACUGUUGUGUCAUCGGCAAACUUAAUGAUGGUGUUGGAGUCGUGCAGUCAUGAGUGAACAGGGAGUACAGGAGAGGACUGAGCACGCACCCCUGAGGGGCCCCUGUGUUGAGGAUCAGCGUGGCGGAUGUGUUGUUACGUACCCUUGCCACCUGGGGGUGGCCCGUCAGGAAGUCCAUGAUCCAAUUGCAGAGGGAGGUGUUUAGUCCCAGGGUCCUUAGCUUAUUGAUGAGCUUUGAGGGCACUAUGGUGUUGAACACUGAGCUGUAGUCAAUUAUCAGCAUUCUCACACAGGUGUUCCUUUUGUCCAGGUGUGAAAGGGCAGUGUGGUGUGCAAUAGAGAUUGCAUCAUCUGUGGAUCUGUCAGGGCGGUAUGCAAAUUGGAGUGGGUCUAGGGUUUUUGGGAUAAUCGUGUUGAUGUGAGCCAUGACCAGCCUUUCAAAGCACAUUAUAGCUACAGACGUGAGCACUACGGGUCGGUAGUCAUUUAGGCUGGUUACCUUAGUGUUCUUGUGCACAAGGACGAUGGUGGUCUGCUUAAAACACGUUGGUAUUACAGACUCGGACAGGAAGAGGUUGAAAAUGUCAGUGAAGACACUUGCCAGUUGGUAAGUGUAUGCUCACAGUACACGUAAUUUCCUCAUACUGGCGUACUCUAUGAUGACUACAAAUUUGACAGCCAACUCAUACUUCUGAUUAUGUGCAUAACACUUGAAUGAGAGUCAAUUGUGUAUCAAUCAUCUUGUUGAAUUUUUUGGGAAAGAAACAGCGUCCUUCCAUCAGUAGCAUCUUUCUCGCUCAUUGAGUACUUAUCUCUGUAUAAUUAUACCCCAAAAGGAGACCCAAAGAGAUCUCUGACGUUGAGUUAUUGUUGCACAGACUUGUAAUUAUAUUUGGUGGCCUGCUCACCCCUAUUUACUCCAGCAUAUAAAUACACCUGGGGCUUUGGGGCUCUGGUUUCAGAAACUGUCUCAGCACCAGCAGCAGCUUAAAAAUCCUGGCCAACGGGUUUAUCCGAGCUGGGGAUAUUCGAUCUCUGCCACUCUUGUCCUGAUUUAGCCUGGACUCUCCUGUAAUGUGCCAGUCCUCUCCCAUCCCCAACAGACCUGAACUUUGGAGGCCAAAUGAAAUGUAUUAGUUAGAUUUCUUGUCUGUGCUAUGAUUGCCUUCUUCUAAAAUACCUAAAGUAGACUGGGAAAUGAGAGAAGUGAAGCAUUGACCCACUUGGAUGUAAACAGACUUUUUAUUACCUAAGGCUAAAAUGUCCACUCAGAAAAGCCUCAUCUACUACUGCAGUGCAGAAAAACUCUGCAACCAUCUAAAAACAAACACGUUUACGUUAAAUCUUCCACAGACAGACAGACAGACAUACUGUAUUUUAAAUGCAUAUUGAUGCAUGAUUAAAACAUUUUGCUGAAUAUACAACUUUGUUGAAAACCUAUAUACAACUAGGUCAACAACAAAACAUUUUAUUGAAGAAAUUAAUCUCAAAUAAAGGUAUCAGUUAGAUAUACUAAUGUAGAUAUUCAACGUAAAUAUACAGUUCAGUCUGAGUAAUCUUCCUGUGAAAACAAAAGUGUUGUUUAGGCUAUACCUUUUCAUCUAUUCCCCAUCUACAGUAGUACAUUUCCCCCCAAAUUGAAGACCAGCAAUUAUUGUGUGCAUCUAUGAAUUAUUUUGAGUUUGCAGUGACUUUUUAUUAGAAAUGGUGUAUUUUUAGUUUUGCAAGAUUUAACUUGCUUUGCUGUGCUUCUCUUUUUGUUUCCCCUACUUGAUUUAUUGUAGACUCCUGCCCCUUGGCUGGUCACCUUGGAGACGGGAGUUGGUCAAGGUCUGCUACAACUGUGCCUGUUGACUAACAAGCUUUCCUGAGCUCCUUCAAAUGGAGUCCACCAACACAAACACCACCACCACCUUCCCCCAGCUGCCGCCUGCCUGGAGCCAGAGGGAGACCUGAGUUGACAACGCUGUCUAGCAUGCAGAUAAAGGGCAGUCGACCCCCAAACCUGUGUGAGUGUGGUAGCUGCUGGCUUUGGCAUCAUUGUACAACCAAUUACAGGGAUCUACCGGGGCUACUGCACACUCCAAUCUCCACAAACUCAGCCGGAUGGGUAGGCCUGCGCUGCCUCUGAAGAACUACAUUGUUGAAUGUUUCUAGUAAUGCCAAUGUUUAUGGAGGCAGAUGUCAACUUUGAAGAAACUCUUAUCCCCGCUGGAUUGGGCUGUGUCUGUAUUAUUCCCGAAGCUAUCCUCAGUGAUUGCUAUAUUCCAGUCUCUCAUUAGUUUGAUGUUGCUUAAUUUGUUUAGCCUUUUGUUUUAUGCCAAGCUCUAAACCACACGAAUUCCUUACGGAUGUCUGAGGAACCCAAUUAAAUGCAUCACAGUUUAUCUUCUCUCAUUGCCUGAAACCUCAUUUGUAUUGGACAGGAUACAGGAUGAGUGUUAUUUUUAUGGACCUUCCACAAGAAUACACUAUGCUCAUUUAUUGAACAAUAUUUAAAAAAGGAAAAUGUUGUAAGUUGAUUAUCACAUUGGCCUACACCCCAAAUAAUGAUUUUGAGAAGGUGCGACUGAGAUAGAGUCAUGGCAACGGUAUUCAUUUGGGAAUUCAGGCCUGUACCAAUUUUCAUGCUUUUAUGAAAGGAUUAAUAUUUUUGUUCACAUAUCGCUGGGACAAUAUACAUAAUGGUACUAUCAUAUGUAUGAAUGCAAAUGUAGUAGGUAGCUUUGUGUUGAUUAUCCAUCAUGUCACACACUUUAUAAUGACAAGCGCCAAAUGUCAUGGUGGUUUGUAUAUCCAAUCUACCGUGAUCUGGUAGUUGUCCAUGUGCUGUGUUUCUCUUGCUUUUCCUCACAAUAUAUGUUGAAGAUGCCAUAUUAUUUGGACAAUGUAGUGAAUAGGUUUUGGUGGCUACAGACCUUUUCUAAUUCCAGUGCAUUUUCUCAUUCAACACUAUCAAUGAAAUGAAGCUCCAGCAGCUGAAGUACUGAUCGUACAUUAAUGAUAUUGACUUAGGGGGUUUUGUACAGAUGUCUUUCAGGCAGGUCUUAAUUAUCAGAAAAUAAAUAAUACUUGUUAAAAAAAAAAUGGAUCCUCAUGAAAUAAUGAACUAGUUGCAGUUGAUUAGAACGUUUUUAUUAAGCCCUUACUCCAAAUGCAACAGUUUUCCAAAGGUCUACCUACGUCUCAUUCACUGUAGGCCUAUGUGUUUGUUGCCUUAAAUUCCCACUUGAUUUAUGGAGUGAUAGGCCACCAAAGAGGCUGAUAAAAGCACAGGCGGUUUCAUUCCUCUAAAAAAACAUGUAAUUAUCGGAAAGCAGUGAAUCUUUGCAAUCUAAUAGUGCUCUCGGUGUUCUUCUCAAGCUUUUAAACUAAUUCGUGAUUGAUCGCUAAUUAUCGGUAACGGAGGCUCUCGAGACAGCUAUACUUCCCACCUCAAACAUCUCCCCCGCCUUUUCACAUAUUGAAGGAGCUAUAACUUUCCAACGGUGGACUCUGUUCGUUGUUUGGGCGAGUCAAUAGACUUCCAGACGUUUGAAUAAUCAUUGUGCUCUUUCCCGAUAAAGAAGGUUGCUUCACAACAAUAAAGCAUCGGGCACCCAAUAUUACAUUAUGUAUGGUACAAUAAUGGUAAGCACUGCUAAAAAAAACAAUUUAGAAUGAAAUAAAUCAAUAUUGCAUUGUUAUUACAAUUGAAUAUGGUUCCAUAGCCUAGGCUACUGCUGCUUCCUAUGUUUAUAUCCUAGACAUAGAAGAUCGCUAAACAUGUACAAAUAUCACAGUGAAAUAGUACAAGAAACGAUUCCAAAUUGGCAAACUAUUGAUUGGGGUGAGUCAAAAAUGUUGGCUCAAGAACCCCUGAAAUGAUUCCAUUCUCCAGAAGGCACGUGACACGAGGUGCUCUCAAUGGCUUGCGCAAUUGAUGUGCGCUAUUUGGAUAUGAAUCGCUAUUCUCCCUCUAAGAAAAACAUUAAUAAUGGGUGUCGCCAAUGGCAAUGUAUUUGUUUUCAGCGCUAGAUCAAUUGAGGUGUGCUUUUGUCUGUCUUGGAAACCUAUUCGCUCAAUUGCAUUGCCUCGAUUCUCAGGCUAUAAAAGUGGACUUCGCUUUAAAGCAGCAUAUGAAGGCUAGCCUGCAUCAGUGAUGCUGGCAAACUCAGUUGUAGGCUAGUCUACCGUAACAGGUGACCAAAGAAUAUCUCCUGACCAUUCUUUGACAAAAUUAGGGACCAAAGGAAGACCAAACCAUGCGCUGCACUUGACACGUAGGCUACGCGAUAGGCUAUAAGAGCCAGGUAUGUAAUGUUAUACCAUUCUUGAUUUAUAGGCCUAUUUGAUUAUCAAAUCCUGUAAUAAUAAUAAUAAUGGUAGUAUAUUAAUAAUAAUGAUAAUGCUGAUAAUGAUAAUAAUAGCCUAAUUAUUCAUCAGUUCAAGUUUCAGUAAUCAGGCAAUUAACGUAAACAUGUAGGUCGAAAUCUGGGUCUAUGUUUAUUGUCUGCCUAUAUUGUUUGAAUUCAGUUGUUUAUGGCAAACAUAUUCAAGAGGUCAUUUCAGCAUUAGUCCGGUUAAUUGUGGCUUAACGUUCAGAAUUUUUCCAGGAACGUUUAUAUUUGCAAAGUAUAUGGGUUUCAAGAUGAAAAGGGUAGUUUGACAAUAAUAAGGUGUACACUUUACAUACAGUAAAUCAUGGAUACAGAUACAUUUCACAUAAGGCCCUCUCUUAUUGAAUGGACUUUCUGCAAAUGUUUGGGUGCCGACUGCAUCCGCGGAGAGACUGGUUGUAGAUGCUGGUAUUUUAACGGGGUGAGAGGUUAUAAUUUCUAUUUCUAUUUUUUCCAAGAAUGAACUUGGUGGCUUUCACUGUCGAUUACUUGGAUACAUGAUCAGGCAUGGACGUUUGGCAAAUGAGUGAUUGAACAUCUGAAAGCGAAACGCCUGUGAGAUAAUGUGCAAUUUAAAUCCAGUGAGGGUCACUAGAGCUCCAUUUUAUGAGGUGUAGACAUGAUGCUCCAACCCCUCUAGCCGAGCUAGCGCCCUCAACAAUCCAGUUACUGUUGUCGGUUGCUCUGGUUUGAACUGUGUUGUAAUCUGUCUUGGACCUUAGGACCUACAGUUGAAAACGUUGUUAAAUUGGCUUUGAUGUAGGUCUAUGUUUUGAUGAUCUUUUAACUGUUAUUUCAUGGAAAUAUAUCUCAUUGCACUUGCAUAACUGUGAAUGUUGUUGUUAUAUUGUUUGAAAUAAUGUACAGUAAGUACGCAUGUAUUUGUAUUGUCACCCACAAUGAAAUCGGGGAAGGGACUGGGGAUUUGUCUCAGUCUGUCCGUUUCUACAUAAAUCACAUUUUGACAAAACUUGGGUGAAUGAUGCAUCUUGCCAUAGAGAGCGAUCAUUAACAAAAUUACAAUGAUUGGCCCAAGGGGGGCGCUGCAUCAUUCGUGGGGGACUACAUGUUUACUGUUGCCUUUUUUGAUCAUCGUUAGUGAUACACCCAGCAGUCAAAGGAGACAGAACAUUUACCAAGCUGGAGAUCAAGACAGAUUGGAGAGGUUGUGUGGAGGGCUCUGAUUGGCCCAAAUUCCAGGGGACAACAUGUGGUUGCCUUGUUUUCUUUUUGUAACAUUUUAAUUUUCAAUGCAGGUAUGCAUUAAUGUUGUAUAACUUGUUAUACUCUUAUAACAAGGCAUAAUACUGUAUGUAAUAUGCAUACUAUAAGUCUGAUUGACAAUUCAACUGACUCAAAAUGGCUUGGAUCACUGCGAGAUAAUUAAUACGGUGUACCUGGAUACAGCCCUUAGCCGUGGUAUAUUGGCCAUAUACCACAAACCCCGGAGGUGCCUUAUUGCUGUUAUAAACUGGUUACCAAGGUAAUUAGAGCAGUAAAAAUAAAUCAUUUGUCAUACCCGUGGUAUACUUAAGCAAUAAUGCCCGAUCGGUAUAAGGCCAAUAUACCAUGGCUAAGGGCUGUUCUUAAGUACAACGCAAUGCGGAGUGCUUGUGAUAUAUGGCCAAUAUACCACGGCUAAGGGCUGCGUAGGGGGGGCACACGGGAUGGUCAGCGAAGCCGAGGGGCGAGUCUGAGAGCGAAGAGGAAUAUUGGGAUAGACAGAGCGAGGAGUAUUGUGAGAUGGUUGAGGGGAGUGAUGAGGUAGAGUGGAUGGUUUGGUGUCUGGAGCAAGACAGUUGCCGUGAGGAGCGUGGGACCAGUCAGGCACCGUGUUUUGCGGAGAUACGCAAUGUGACUCCAUUGCGCAUCCACAGCCCGGUGCGUUCUGUGCCAGCUCCUCGCACUUGCCGUGUGAAAGUGAGCACCCAGCCAGGACGGGUUGUGCCAGCUCAGCGCUCCUGGUCUCCAGUACGCCUCCUCGGUCCAGGAUAUCCUGCGCCGGCUCUACGCAUUGUGUCGCCAGUGCGCCUUCACAGCCCAGUGCGUCCUGUGCCAGCGCCCCGCACUUGCCGUGCUAAAGUGAGCAUCCAGCCAGGACGUGUUGUGCCAGCUCUACGCUCCAGACCUCCAGUGCACCUCCACGGCCCAGUAUAUCCUGCGCCGGCCAUACGUACUGUGUCUCCAGUGCGCCUUCACAGCCCAGUGCGUCCUGUGCCUCCUCCCCUCACUUGCCCUGAGGUGCGUGUCAUCAGCCCGGUGCCACCUGUAGCGGUCCCACGCAUCAGGCCUCCAGUGUGCCACCACAGUCCAGAGCUUCCGGUGACAGUUCACAGUCCAGAGCUUCCGGUGACAGUUCCCAGUCCAGAGCUACCGGCGACAGUUCCCAGUCCAGAGCUACUGGCGACAGUUCCCAGUCCAGAGCUACCGGCAACAGUUCCCAGUACAGAGCUUCCAUCGACGUUUCACAGUCUGGAACCUCCAACGACGGUCCACAGUCCGGAACCUCCAACGACGGUCCACGGUCCAGAACCUCCAGCGACGGUCCGCGGUCCGGAACCUCCAGCGACGGUCUGCGGUCCAGAGUCUCCAGCGACGGUCUGCGGUCCAGAAUCUCCAGCGACGGUCUGCGGUCCAGCGCCUCCAGGGGGGGGUUCUCAGACCACGGUCCGGAGUCUCCGGCAACGAUCCACGGUCCGGUUCCUCCGAUGAUGUAUCCACGAGCGGAGUGGGUACUUCGCCCCACACCGGAGCCGCCCCCGACGGUAGAUGCCCACCCGGACCCUCCCCUAUUGAGUCAGGUUUUGCGGUCGGAGUCCGCACCUUUGGGGGGGG